ACUAUCCCGGUAUCAUGAAACAUGGAAAUCGAAACACUGAUGUUUGCAGCUCACCCAGGGGCUCUGUGAUCAUGACACUUUGAUGGAGUCCGUUGUCUUAUCAUGCACCGCGUACCAUGUGUUUUGUGUCUGUUUUCCGCAGGCACCUGACAGAACUCUGGGAUGCAUCGAGUCAGUUCUGGCAGCACAGAUGGAACCAGCUCUAUCACGAUGUGGCGGGAGGCAACGAGUUCCUUCUAUCUAGCCUUCUAUGGAGUUCCAUGGUCGCCUUCUACUGGUUGUUCAAUGCAUUCUUCAUCUUCGUGGAGCUGACUGGAACCCCUUCGAGCAUCUUGCAAUAUCGUAUCCAGCCUAAAAAGAAGCCAGCUGUGGUGGAAUGGCAGACGUUCAAGAAGUGUUUGAAGGUUGUCCUCUUAAACCAGUUGGCUGUGGGUUAUAGCAGCCAACUUGCACUCUACUGGAUCUUCCAAAAGCGCGGCGGAUUAUUAGCCGAGACCCUGCCAUCCUUCCAGUGGUGCUUGGUGGAGCUGGCAAUCUCUAUGUUUAUCUUUGAGGUGAUUUUCUUCUAUUCGCACCGGGCACUUCACAUUCCCUUGUGGUACAAACACAUCCACAAGGUCCACCACGAGUGGACCGCACCAAUCAGCAUUUCUGGGCUGUACUGUCACCCGGCCGAGCAUGUCAUCGCCAACAUAUUGCCGGUAAUGGCUGGUCCCCUCCUGCUCGGCUCUCACUGUAUGCUGCUGCUGCUGUGGGCCUGUAUCUCGCUGGCCUCCGUAUCCGUCGCACACUGCGGCUUCCACCUGCCGUUCAUGCCGUCCAACGAGUACCACGACUACCAUCAUGCAAAGUUCAACCAGAACUUUGGCAUGCUGGGGAUCUUUGAUUUUCUGUAUGGCACGGACAGUCGCUUCCGUAAAUCAAAGUCGUACGAGCGCCAUUCCAUGCUACUUGGCACCACCCCAGCCAACGUUCUGAUUCCGGACGAACCAAAGAAAUGCCAGUAAAAGGUCAAGUCGGCAGUGCAUGUGCGUGUGUGCACCCUCACUGCUGUUGCUAGUCUCCUCACAGUCCACCCUUGACCGUCCCAUCCUCCAGUUUCAAUGCUAGUAUUGUCACUACUCUACAUGUAUGUGUAUUGUAGCAUACCCACCAUCAAUGCUAGUCACAUGGCAAAUUCCACUUAGCUACCGUGACUACUUCAGGCAUGCCUUUGAUAUUAUUAUUUUUAUUCACAUAGCUAUGGGUUUUUUUUGUGGCAAAUUCACUAGUGUCCUAGCUCGGCCCAAUCUGUGUUCUAUCAUGGGUGGUUAAAUAACGACAUUGCAUUGUUCAAUCUUCCAGUCCUAUCAGUGACAACUCUCAUAGCCAAUGUGCAUUGUUUCCGACGGCCAUCACCAAGAAGUUAUGUUCUCUUUCUCACCUAGGGCCGUUCACAAUUUGUUUUCCAUUUCAAUUUCCGCCCUUUCCACCAUCCUGGAAGCAUGGAGAGAGACAGUACCGGUAUUAUGAUUAUUAUAAAGUUACAAGCAGGGCAUUGGCUAUGUCAUCACUCAUCAGUACUACUUUCCAGCUAUACUGCUAUGACAUCACUACUACUUUCCAGCUGUCCUGCUAUGACAUCAGUACUACUUGCUCCCAAGUCACUCUGUUUUCUGUACCCGACUACCGGUACUUAAUUGUGUCACUAUUCAAGGUACUUUAUACUUGAAGUACUACGCUUACUUCAUACAAAGUGUUGAAA